GCUAAAGAUGGCGUCGCAGCGACGCGAUGACGUCACAAAGAUGGCGGACGCCAGAGGGCGCCUUUCCUGAUUGUAAACGUGUUUCCAGAUUUAAAGGCACAAACAGACUACCCCCCCCCAAGGAUUCCUAGUCUCCUUGCAAGAAUGCCCUUUUUCUUUUGCCUUUCGAAAAAUAGCAGCAUAGCUAGCGCCCGUGACCAGGCGCCAAGGAGGCAGCGUCGCGGGUUGAUUACGUCACAGCUAAGGAUGCCUGCGCUGAAGCGGUUUCCAACGAGAACUUUUACAAAGUUUCGUUCUAAGCAAGGGAGCGAACCGCGAGACCUUCCAACUGCCGCGGGGAAAGCAAGAUUUUAUCUGGUAAAGUUCUCGGCUCAAGCAACUCGCGACCAAACCUAACGGUCUCGCCUGACGGUGCCACGGCACUGCGCGUGCGUGACCGCCUGUCAAACGCGUUGACGGAGGCCGAGAAGAAAAAAGGCGGGAGCCGUCAAUCCCGGAUGGAGCAAAAUGGCGCGGGAUAGCGAGAUGCAGGAAUUCACCCGUAUCCUCUUCCAAGGACGCCCGGACCUCAGGUGCACUGGGGGCUGGAGGUGGGACUGGAAAGGGCAAGGGCGGGAUGGGGACACCGUCUUGACACCAUGUCCCCGCAGUACGCUCACGCACUCCAUCGUGCGGCAGAGGUUCUUGGCUCACGUGGGCCGCGACCAUCUGGAACCUGAAGAGAAGCAGGCGCUGAAGCGGCUGGUGGAAGAGGAGCUGCUGAAGAUGCAGGUGGAUGAAGCGGGUACCAGGAAGAAGCUAGACCUUAGGAAGCAGGUGAAGAGACCUCCCAUCCCCUCCAGUGAUCCAAAAAGAAAAAGACUCCGUUUCAGUUCAGAGCCAGAGCUCAGCUCUGCAGCCUCCAGUCCAGACUGCUUUGGCUUCCCAGCAAAGAACGGAAUGGCAGCAGCAGAAGUCAGCCCAGCUGAGAAGAGUCCAAGGCGAGCCUCACAGAAAGAAAUGGGGGAGAGCAGAGAUGAGGAAGAACAGCAGAGGGACUUGACUGCAAAGAUGGGAUUAGAGAAGGUGGUGAAGGAGAGCAGUGAGGAAGAGGAGGAAGGCUUUGUCAAAACAAGUGAGAUCUGGAAGAAAGACAGUAGUGAGGAAGAGGAGGAGUUGAAAGGCAGGAGUAGGAAGAAAACUGUGACAAAGAAGAACAAGCAGACACCAGGCAAGGCCUCAGCCAGCAGGGAACAGGCUAGGGAGGAGAGUGAAGACAGUGAGGAGGAACCUGCCCAGAGAAUGAGAAGGAAGGGGGAGGGAAAGAAAGGAGCUAAAAGCCACCAGGAAAGUGAAAAGGAGAGUGAGGAUGAGAAAGAGGAGACCCCAGCCAAGAAUGAGAAUAGAGAGGAGGAAGGGGGAGAAGAGGAGGAUGAGGAGAAGGAAGGGGGAGAAGAGGAGAAUGAGGAGGAGGAAGGGGGAGAAGAAGAGGAUGAGAAGGAGGAAGGGGGAGAAGAGGAGGAUGAGGAGGAGGAAGGGGGAGAAGAGGAGGAUGAGGAGGAGGAAGGGGGAGAAGAGGAUGAGGAGGAGGAAGGGGGAGAAGAAGAGGAGGAGGAGGAGGAAGGGGGAGAAGAAGAGGAGGAGGAGGAACGGAAAUGCAGAGCCACAAGCAGUGGAGGAAAAAGGUUAGGUUGGGGCGAAAGGAGCUUGAAGCAGAAAAGCAGAGCAGGGAAACUAAUGGGAGACCGACAGGACAGAGGGGAAGGGAAGGGAAAAGAGGCAACAGGCAGUGGGGAUAACAAAGGGGGAGAUGAAAUACUUCCAGUGCAGAGGAAGAGCAAGGAUAGGGGCCAGUGUAAGGGGGGGAAAAGGCAGAGUGGAAGCAGCGAGGAGGAUGGGGAAGACAGCCUGAGGAAGAUGAAAGUAAGGAAUAAAGGUGCUAGAAAGACAGUCAAAGCUAACAGUAUCAAUGGUGAGGAGAGUGACUUGGAGAGGGAGGUGAGUGACAGCGAGGCAGGAGGGAGUCCCAAGGAGGAGAGGAAGAACCGAUCUUCCAAGAAGAGCUCCAAGAAAGGCAAGACGCGAAGCUCCUCUUCCUCCUCCUCAGAUGGAAGUCCAGAGCCCAGAGGCGGGAAGGCUGUCUCUGGUCGCCAUGGUGAAGACCACCCAGCUGUGAUGAGGCUAAAGCGCUACAUCCGGGCCUGUGGGGCCUAUCGCAACUACAAGAAGCUGCUGGGCUCCUGUCACUCACACAAGGAGCGCCUGAGUGUCCUCCGGGCAGAACUGGAAGCCCUGGGCAUGAAGGGUAACCCUUCCUUAGAGAAGUGUCGGGCCCUGAAGGAGCAGCGGGAGGAGGCAGCUGAGGUGGCCUCCUUGGACGUUGCCAACAUCAUCAGCAGUUCAGGCCGGCCACGCAGACGCACAGCCUGGAACCCUUCAGGAGAAGCAGCCUCCUCUGGGGAGCCAUACCGCAGGACCCUGGACUCAGAUGAAGAACGGCCCCGUCACCCACCCCCAGACUGGUCACACAUGCGUGGCAUCAUCAGCAGUGAUGGCGAGAGUAACUGAGCUCUGCCUGCCCCUGAGGAGGGACCCUUGCAGCUUGUACAAAGCAUAUAUAGUACCUUCUGUUUUGUGCCUGCACAGAGUUGAAGCAGCUUUCUCCAGAGAAGACAAGCAGCUCCCAGAGACACAAGUUGUUGGGACCCAGCUUCUUGGCUCAGUUUUCUGUUUAAGGUGUUCACAGGGGUUUAUUUUUUAAAAUUCAAUAAAGGACUGUUUGUAGUCAUCUCAUCAGAACUGGUUCUCUACUCUUACCCUCUGUACUUUGGGCCAGGAGCUGAGGAAGGACCACUGCUCACCAUCUGGUUCCUUUUAAUUUUCCCAGGUUCUCCAGUGAACUUCCAGCCUCCAGACACUGCCAUCCAAAGUCUGCCAUCAGACUGUAUCAGAGAAGAGUACAGCUGCCUAUUCUUCCUUCAGGCUGCCCAGUGGGCACCUCUGAUCACCCUGCUUUUAGUCCAGUAACCUAAUGCCUCGUUAAGAGGAUGUGAAUGAUUGGCCUUGGGGAGAAUGCGAUGCACAAAGUGUCUUGGAGAUGGCUGGUUUGUGUUUUCCUCUUCCCCCUACUUUUGGAAACAGUCGCUUCGUGCAUGGACUAUCUCUACUUCAACCUAAAAGGAAUGGGUACAGGACUCAGAGAAGCACUGGUGGCACAGUGGUUAAAGCACUUGGCUGCUAACUGAAAGGCAAGCAGUUUGACCCACCAGCAGUUCUGCAGGAGAUCUCUCUCUCACGGUCUGCUCCCGUGAACAUUACAGCCUGGGAAACCCCAGGGGGCAGUUCUACUCUGUCCUAUGGGGUCAUUAGGAGUUGGAAUUCACUCGAUGGCACACAACAGGACCUAGACCUGACCCCAUGCCUCUGGCUACAGACUGACCCAAUGAAGUCACCUCAGGUCUUUGCUGGAUUCUUUGCUGAGAUUGCUAAUAAAAUGUAAGCCUGGAGCCUACUGGUGAAAUGAACCUUCUGAAAAUCAACGAAGCCAAAGCAAAGGGAAGCAGGUAAAUUAAGAGACCAAGAGGCUGAUGACGUUUUGAGGCCCUGGAUCUAGUCAUGGCCAAAGCCAUCAAAAAUCACUGGAGUUUUAAAUUACACAGUCCAAUAAAUAUAAGUAAACUACCACUUGCUGCUGAAAACAGCCCUUACCAUACAUCUUAGACAGAAAGGGUGAGUCCUGGGGUCUGUUAGAG